AGUGAUCAAUCAAUUGUGAAUACAUAUCAGCUUUAUUCAAUAUUAUAUUUUUGGUACAAUAUAAAAUUAUUAGCGUAAAGUAUUUCAACAAGUUUCCGUUUCUUUUUUCUUGGUCGGUCCUGGCGAUAAAUAGUGAGUGAUCGCCAGUUAGAUGUUAGCAGUUCAGUAAAUGAACAUCUGAAUAAUGUGCAUUCUUUUCGUUGUAUAUUGCCAGUAACCACAUAGUCUCUUAUUGAGUUUUUUGUAACAUUGUCAACGAAAUGUUGUACACUUUUCAAAAACGCAGCAGAAUAGGUUAUGCGAUUAAUAAAUAUAAUGAUAUAUGAAAACAAAAAAAAUAGAUAACUUGUUGAAAUAUCUAGAUGGCAGGAACAGGUAGCCCAGAUGCUCAAACAGGCUGCCCUUUAUAGCCAUUUGACUCUUGUUAUCACGGUCGUCAAAAAUCGACUUUAAUAAGUCUCUUCAGAGAGCACAAAGUACCAUGUUUUGCGGGAAUACAUUUAAGAACAAUGCCAAGUACAACUUCUUAAUUUGAAAUAAAGGAAUUUUUUCGCCCUUAUCACUGUAUGUAUUCCAAAUAUAAAUGAGUACUUAUCUGAAAUUAUGAUCAUAAUGGGGUUUGUGGAGAUUGUAUUAUUUUAAUGGUUGAAUUUAUGAGUCUAUGUAAGCUAGAUCACCAUGGAAAACUUGGAAACAGUGGACAGACGUUUCAUCAUAGUAUGGGACUCCUCAGCAGUGUCUCAACGACCCCGAACGCAUGAUUCGAACCUAUGACCUUCGGUCUCGCAUGCAAACGACUAACCUCUAAAUCACUGACCCGGUGUGCUGCUAAGGAGUCCCAUAUUAGGACAAAACGGUCAUCCAGCGCACAUCGACUCAUAAAUUCAACUAUUAAAAUUACUACAAUAUCCACAAACCCCAUUCCGAUAAUAAUCAUCAUGUGUAUAAUAGUGACUGGGACCUAGAUGAUUUCCUGGAGUUCUGGUGGAGAAGCCGUGACCAGUGGAGUCUAAUCCGUGUUGAGUAGAGACAGGUAUUGACCUCAGACAAUAGAUGAAUGGUUGCACAGCUAUUCAUGAAUUGAUCGAAGUAUAGAUACUAACACUGUUAGAUAUUGCUGAGGAGCCCCACGGUGGGACGAAACGGUCAUCCAGUGCUUCUUGGUUUCCAACGGUGGUCUAACAUCAAUCGAUUCAUGAUCUCAAUCAAAAUAUUUAUCUGAAAACUUAAGUGAGUAUAUAUGAUUUACUUGUUACUUUUUGAUUUGAGAUAAUUCAUCAGCUGAUUUCAAUUGAUGAAGGAUACUACUCGUUUAAUUUACUUGCAAACUUACGAUCGUUUUUCUUCCCCUAUAGAUCAUGAUCCCACCCAUCAUUUAAUCAUAAACAAUAAAUCAGAAUACGUUUUGAUAUAGAUAUAUAUACGUGUGGGACAGACAUAUUUAAUGAGAAAAAACACACACACUCAUCAUAUGAAUGUCUAUCCUACAUAAAUUCAUUGAUAGUCUACCUUUAUUAUGGAAUUUUACGGAUUGUCACAUGUGCGUUGCCCACUAUUUUUUUUUCUAAAAACUCGUAUCCUCACUGAUUUGUGAUUGGUUAAUAAUUGGGCCGUUUGACCUUGUAAUGAUUAUUACUAUUAUUAGAUAUAGUACAUAUCCAUCCUUUGUAAAAUAUAAUGGAGUUAUUAUGUAUUUGAGUAUUUAGAUUUUUUAAAUUUUUACUAUUGAUAUUCGAUAUUGUGCAUUGAAAAAAGAACUUAGUUGCUAUGACUACUAAAAGAAUCAAACGAUUUACACCAAUAUGGUCGACAUGUUUUUGUAUUGAUACUCAUCGUUGUGGAUUAUUUAAAGAAACGAAUAGAAAAUUAGCUUAUUUCAUACAAAAAGGUGAUCUUCCAGCAAUUGAGCAUAUAUUAAAACGAAUAAAACAACCAUUAAAUAAUUUAACGAUAAUCGUGAAACGACAUCAUUUCAAUACAUUCUAUCCAUAUUUAAUGAAUCAUCAUCAUCAUUUUUAUCAAGAAUGUUCACCCGUUCUAUGGGCUAUAGAUUGUUUACAAUGGAAUGUCCUACCAUUAUUAUCCUAUUAUGGUAUAGAUAUCAAUCGUCCACAAUUAUGUCGUCGUUGGACUUGUAUAUGUAAAAAGAAUUCACGAUCAAAUAAUAAUAAUAUAUUACCAUAUCGUAAAUUUUGGACUCAUGGUCAUUAUACAUAUCAAUCUGCAUUAGAUUAUUUCUUUGCUAGUAUUUAUGAAUAUAUAAAUGAUAAUUAUUCAAAUGAUAUAAAUCUAUUAACAUUUUAUGAUAUACAUUUAUCAAAUUUAUUAACAAAAGGUAUUGAUAUACAUCGUAUUGAUUCAGUUAUUAUAUUUAAUUUAUUAGCAAUUAGUUUUAAUCAAUAUUUAUAUCAAUCUAUAACAUCUAUGAAUGAACAUUUAAUCCUAACAAAAAUUAAUAAUCAAUCAUUUAUUGAAUUACUAAUGAUAAAAAAACUAAUUAAAAAUGGUUAUUCACAAUUUGAAUGUAUGGAUUAUUUAUAUUCCUAUUGUAAUUGGUUUAGUAUAUUACUAUGUUUAUUAUGUCAUCCGAAUAUUGAUUUACAUAAUAAUAAUAAUAAUAAUAAUAAUAAUAAUAAUAAUAAUAAUAAUAAUAAUAAUAAUAAUAAUAAUAAUAAUAAUAAUAAUAAUAAUAAUAAUGGUAAUAAUAAUAGUAAUAAUAGUGGUAAUAAUAAUAAUAGUAAUAAUAAUGAUGAUGAUAACAAUAAUACUACCACUGAUAAUAAUAGUAGUAAUAAUAAUAUGCCAAAAAUGAUAAAACAAUCAAUAUUAUUAUUGAUUAAUUUACUUGUAUUAAAAUGUACUAUCCCAACUAUAGAAGAUUUUUCGGAAUUCAUUGAAAAUUUACCAUUAUGUAAAUUAUAUAUUAAAUAUUAUUAUUAUCAUAAUAAUAAAUAUCAUGAAUUUUAUAAACGUUUAAUUCAUUUACAUCAAUUAUGUUAUGAAUUUAUUAAUAAACCAUUAAGUUUAAAAUUAUUAACAAGAAAUAAAAUAAGAAAACAAAUUGGUGGUAUUGAUUUUUAUAAAAAAAUCAAUAAUAUUGAUUUACCGAGACAAUUAAUUACAUUUAUACAAUAUAUUAAUUAUGAACAAUUUGUGAUUAUGAAUGAUAUACCAAAACAAUUGAUUCAAUUAAUACAAGGUGAAUGGAUCGAUAUAAAUUCAACAAUAAGUUGUAAUAAUAAUAAAUUGGAAGAAUCUAUGAAUAUAUUCAAUCAAUCGAAUGAUUUGGAACAGAUCAAUAAUAAUAAUCAUGAUAAUGAAGAACAAUUGACUAUGAAUAAUAAUAAUAGUUUACAACGUGGUAGAGCCUCAGAACGUCAACAUAUUCAUAUGUAUCAAAGAAGAAUAAAUAAACAGAAACAACCAUUAAGACCUACAUCAGCUCCAUUAUUUAGAACAUUUGUUAGAUAAGAAGACAAAAAGGAUUAUCUUUUUUUUAUUUAUUUGGAAACUAUAUUUAUCUCAGGGAUUAUAACAACAACAACAAAAAACUAACUAAAUCAGAAGGGAUUUUGUGGAGAUUGUAGUCAUUUCAACAGUUGAGAUCAUGAGUUGAUUGGAGCUGGACCACCAUGGAAAACCUGAAAUGUUAAUCUUUCAAUAAUUUUUUGUUUGUUACCUUCUCAUCCCCCUUAUUUAUUUGUUUAUUAUAAAAGCAUAAAAUCAUUUUGUUAAAUUAUUCAAUUGAUCAUUGAUCAAAUUAGGUGUAAAGUAAGUUCUAUUUUUACUAUAUUUGUUGUUGUUGUUCUUUUUAUCAUUGCUGGUGUUGUUGUUAUUUUGUCCAAAUGAUUAGUCUAUUAUUUCUAUUGAUUGUAUAUCGAUUUUUUGAUAUUUUUAGUACCACAUAUUAAUAUUUACUAGAAUAUAAUUGAUGAACAUCCCCAUAAUGUUUACACUUUGUAAAUUACUGACUAGUUAAAUACUUAUUUAUGUUGUUAAUGUGAUACAUAAAUAUUACUAUAGUCAGGGGGGAAGGAAGAUUCUUUUUAUUAUUACAUCAUUAUGUUUGUUGUUGUUUUUUAGAAAGAAAACAUUUUUUUAUGUAGAAAUUCUUUUUAAUAAUCUUAAGUACAAUCGUUUACAAGAUCAAUAUGUAUGUUAAUCUUUUGUUCAUUUUAUGAUCAAUUUUAUCAACGAUCAAAUCCAAUCUUCAAUGAUCAAUUCAAUGAUUAUUGAUCUUAAAAUCAUUCGAUAUUUGAUUGUUUAUUGUUUGUAUUUUGUUUUUCUAUAAAUAUUUAUUUGUUUACUUGUUACUAUGUAUGUUUAUGUUGAUCACUU